GGUGAACGUUGUAACAACGGUCACUUUCCAUUCUUCGCCAUGAAACUCACCGUCCUUGCCGUGCUCGCUGCCGUGUUCACAUUAGAAUGCCACGCGUCUUCGUUCCGCGAGCCCCGCCAUCUGAUGGCCGCGGAAUGCGACAAGGACUGCUCGCCCGAACAAGGCCUGUCGUGGACGCUGUGCAAGCUGGGCCAAGCCGGCUCGUGCACGUGGCAGGGCGUGUCCAGCGCUGGUGCCUACGUAUACCACGGCGCGGCAAGCUUAGUCGGCGCCCAUUCCGACGAGGAACCGACUAAAGUGGACAAACCUGUGAAUGGUACCAACACCACUGCGGUGGCAGAAACUAUUGUCAAAGACGACAAGAAGCCCAAGGACGAUGACAAGAAGCCCAAGGAUGACGACAAGAAGCCCAAGGAUGACGACAAGAAGCCCAAGGACGAUGACAAGAAGCCCAAGGAUGACGACAAGAAGCCCAAGGAUGACGACAGACAUCCCAAGGAUGACGAUAAAGAGGACAAGAAGCCCAAAGAUGACGAGGACAAGAAGCCCAAAUAUGACGAGGACAAGAAACCCGCUCACGAAGACAAGGACGACAAGCGCGCUCAUGACGAUAAGGAGCCAUCGCAUUAGAACGAGCACCAACCAGCCGGCUAGACACGUUCAAUCUGCCGGCCGAGACGACUAAAGGAAGUAUAGCUGUAGCCGCGUGCAUGUGUCGUAAUAACGCGUAGUAUAUAGGCCUGUUGGUUAAUCUAAUCAAUGCGCAUAUAACUUUUUACCA